UUAGUGAGGAAAGAGCAAAAGAUGAGGCGUAAAAGGCCACUAGCAGAAGCUGCAACAGACAAGGAUCAGCAACCCAGAAAGAGACAGAGAACUGGCAAGAAGGCAGAAAAGCAGGCCUCGGUUUCAGAGGAGACAAACAAAAAGUGGAGAAGAAAGAAGAAAACCGACAUUAAAGAUCUAAAAGAACCAAGAAAGCGAACAAAGAAGUCAAAAGAUGAGCAGAAUGUGGAGAAGCCAAAGCGGCGGAGGAAAAGAAGGCAGGAUGGAGAGAACCUGGCCGGCGCCUCCAAGGCUCCAAAGAAGAGRCGCUCCUCUCCCUGUCCUGACACUGAG